UCAGUAAUGGCGAAUCGUGAAUGGUGCUCUGAACUUUUUGCAUUUGGAUUUUGAAAGUUUGGUGAUUUCUGUCCACAUUAUUUCUGAAUUUGUUCAUUCAUAUUCGAGCAUAAUUACUUCGUUUUUAUAUUACAAGUGUAUUAUUGCCAUUAUCUCAAUUUCAGUGUCUUCUUGUUGGUUAGUUUCAUAACAAAAUUUUGUGCCAUAUUUCGACCAACUUCUCAAGGAUAGGCCUAAGUGUGACUCAUGAUUUUUUAAUAGUACAGUAUAUUUUUUGAAUUUCACUGUUAUGAGUAAAACAAUUUAAGUUCCAGUCUAGGAAUUUUCUGUUCUUUUGGUCAUGUCUCAGCAUUCGCAAUUCAAUGAGUCGAUUGAGGACGGUGAAAUAUUAGAAUCAUCUAGUCAGUGCCAAGAAAUUGAUUCGAACAUUUUGAAAGUUUCUCAAGAGAAGAAUAUUAGUGUAAUAUCAAAGAAGAAGGCCAGACGUACUUCAAUAAGCUUCGAAAGUAGUACUUCCAAGUCCCAUAGAACACACAAAUCUCCUAUAAUGCCAAAGACUAGCAAUGAUAAGGCAGAUCGUGACCGUGACAAAUAUGGUUCUUCUUCAAAAAUGGAGGAAUUUAGAAAAUGCGUUUUCCCACCAAAGGAGAAAAAUUUCCGGAAAGAGCGGCGAGUGGAUCGUUCUACAAGAACUUUGUCUCUAGAGACGGAGAAGCAGAACAGUGUCACUCAUCAUCACCAUCAUCAUCGUUCAAAGCGACGACGUCGCCCUCACUCGAGAAAAAAAGCAACUGCCAAAAACAGAAGUAGGAACAGGUACGAGGAAGAGGGAGAAACAGAGAGCGACAGCAAUGAUAGUGAUGGUCAGACAAGGAGCGGCAAAAUACGACACAGAACAAACGAAAGCGCAGGGAGAGGUGACAGGAAGCAUCGAUCUCGAUCCUCCCGAUCUCGAUCUCGAUCCUGCGAUCGACUCAUGAACAAGUGGAAGAAACGAGCCAUCGACAAAACUAGGCUCAGACCCAUCAUGGAUGACAGUCGACUGAAAGACAACGUGCUGAUGCGCAAACUACUGCAAUCAGAGUCGCUGGGCGUUGGAGACGGGGCGAAAACAGUGGCGGACAACACGUCGGACCUGAGCUGUGAGGUCGGUUCACUGUCAACGGUCUCCAGCCCCGACUACACCUUCCUGGAGCGCAUGCACCCCCCUCAGGAGCAACAGGAGAAAGACUGUAGCGACGACAGUGAGAUAGAGGUCAUCAUCCCCCACAAACCCCCGCCGCCUGUCAUUGAGUUGGACAGUGACGGUGAGGUGGAUGAGGUGGUGGUGGAGGAGGAGGAUGAGGAGGAGCCGGCACCUGGGCCUCCGCAGCAACGCGCCUCCUCGGAUGUCGCCCUGCGCGACGAGGACGAUCUGAACGCCCUAAACCUGCGGGCGAUCGCUCUCAAGUCGGCCAUGUUGAGAAAGUAUCAGGAUCGUGUCGAGCGAGGAGAUCGCCAGUCGGCCAUGAGGGAAAUGAGAUUACAACAGCGGCAAGCUCGUCUGUCGGCCAUGAGGGAAAUGAUAUUAGAAGAAGAGCAGAAUCCCCAGGAGCAAGAACACAGUUUACAAGGUGCUCUCGCUGAAAGGCGACAUGACAAAUAUAUGAGGCGGCAGUUGGGUCUAAAUAAUCCCAUCUCAAAGUGCAACUUUACCGACUUAAUCACCAGCUCUGAAGAGGAUGAUGGGGAGAGGGACUCCUACCACCCCUCCAACCGCACUUCCCCCAUGUCGCCGACUAGCAGCUACAACUUUUCGCCCACCCAGGAGUGUCACACCGAACAGGACAUCGAUAUCGACGAUCCGGACGAGAAUGUCGAGCAACCGAGGAUCGUCGAACAAACCUAUGAUGGAAGCAACAACGCGUGGUUUACGGAUUUGGGGCCGCAACCGCUGCCGCCUGGUGUGGACGUUUCCAAUUUGCCGCCCGAAUUUUCGGAUUCGGUGUUGGGUGCUCCUCCACCGCCACCUCCUCCUUUGCCGCCCCCUCCUCUGCCGCACCCGGACGCCGAUCACAGAUUCGGGUUUCAAGGCGGGUUCCCACCCCUCAACUACUUCAAUCAACACCCGCACACGUUUGUGGGGCCACAUUUUGGACCUGUGCCGCAUCCUAAUGUACCCUCCUCACAUAUGGGACAAAAUUUUGGACCAGUGCCGUAUCCUAAUGAACCAAGCUCACAUGUAGGACAAAACUUUGGACCAGUGCCGCAUCCUAAUGUACCCUCCUCACAUAUGGGACAAAAUUUUGGACCAGUGCCGCAUCCUAAUGUACCCUGCUCACAUAUGGGACAAAAUUUUGGACCAGUGCCGCAUCCUAAUGUACCCUCAUCACAUAUGGGACAAAAUUUUGGACCAGUGCCGCAUCCUAAUGAACCCUCCUCACAUUUAGGACAAAAUUUUGGACCAGUGCCGUAUCCUAAUCUACCCACCUCACAUCUGGGACAAAAUUUUGGACCAGUGCCACAUCCUAAUGAUCCCACCUCACAUGUGGGACCCAAUUUUGGAUCUAUGCAGAAUCCUGACGAAACUAUGCCACAUAUGGGAUCCAGUUUUGUACCUGCUGAACCUACUAUCCCACCACAUAUGUUGCCUCAGUCUUCUUUCGAUAACAUCCCCUCCACAACAACCCUCCCGUUGCAUACUAGGAGAACAAUGGAAAACGAGUCAAGCCUUCCUAGCGUAAGACAGCUUGAACAUUGUUCUGUUAGUGGAGAAGAUAAACUGUUGAACAUCACUAAAACAAUCUAUACGAACAGUAACAGACAGUUGGAGCCAUGUGUGAUGAGCAGUGCCAACCAGAGGCAAUUGUCGGAGCAAGCCAGCACCAACCAGAGGCAAUUGACGGACCAAGCCACCACCAACCAGAGGGAAUUGUCGGAGCAAGCCAGCACCAACCAGAGGCAAUUGUCGGAGCAAGCCAGCACCAACCAGAGGCAAUUGUCGGAGCAAGCCAGCACCAACCAGAGCAAUUGUCGGAGCAAGCCAGCACCAACCAGAGGCAAUUGUCGGAGCAAGCCAGCACCAACCAGAGGCAAUUGUCGGAGCAAGCCAGCACCAACAAGAGGAAAUUGUCGGAGCAAGCCAGCACCAACCAAAGGCAAUUGUCGGAGCAAGCCAGCUCCAACCAGUUGGAGACCCUUGUGCCAACUGUCAGACAAGAGUGCGCCGCCUCAGUUGAGGAGGAGGGCAGUAAUUCGACUGGUGUUUUGGAGAAAAAUCAGAGCUCAGAUGUCGGAGAAGUUGAAAGUUGUGUGUUUGAAGUGGGAGAUGAAGAGGAUACUGAUACUGACGGUACAUGUAAUACAGAUGACGAGAACGAAGAGCGGCUCAGAGCGAAACUGUUGACUGCCUUGUUGCAAAAGAAAGGCAAGUCGGAUAGAAUGCAGAUGGACACUGGGGAUGAGAGUAGUAAAUCGUCUAGUCGGGAGCCUAGUUUGUCUAGGAAGAAACCCAGUUCCGAACCGGUGGACAGAGAAGAUGUAGUCAUGAAUGA